ACAGGAAAUAAGUGAUUCGUCAUGACAAUGCAGGAUUUUGCAAUGAGAUACUGGAGAAAUCAGGGUGCUCCUGUGGAGAAGCUGAGGAUGGGGUUUGCAACAUAUGGAAGAACAUUUCGCCUGGCGUCUGCAGCCAGUGGAGUUGGAGCUUCAGCCAGUGGUCCUGGAUCAGCUGGAAAAUACACCAGAGAGCCCGGAUUCUGGUCCUAUUAUGAGGUCUGUACUUUCCUUCAAGGAACCACCGUGCAAUGGAUUGAUGAUCAGAAAGUUCCUUAUGCAUCCAAGGGACAGGACUGGGUGGGAUUUGACACCAAAGAAAGUUUUGAGACUAAAGUGAACUAUCUAAAGGAGAACAAGUUUGGAGGAGCUUUCGUCUGGACUCUGGAUCUUGAUGAUUUUACAGGACAGUUCUGUGGGCAGGGCACAUACCCUCUCAUUGGACAUCUCCGUACACUUCUUAAUAAUGGUAUGUCUCUUAUCUUAAUCAA